AUGGCAUCCAUACUGGAAGCUCUCCAACCACAUCCCGAAGACCGCCUCCAUCUGCGCUUGCAUCGUGCGCGGUCUGUGAUUCUGACAAGUCAGGAUGUGUCGUUGUCGUUGAGAAACAGACUCGUAGAAAUCCGCGCCGCCCAACGAACCUUCGAAGGCGCGUACAUGCGCACGGCCCUCUCCCAGUUCUCCUUCGCCCUGGUCGUGCUCAAGAUCUUCACCUCCGAGUUCUACCCCAUCGGCGCCCUGCUGGCCUGCUACGGCGCCGCCGUCCUGCUGGUGGCCAUCUACCGGCGCUACGAGGGCAACAGGCAGUUCUUCGACGCCGAGGAGGAGAGCGAGACGGCCUUUUCCUCCUCCUCUUCUGCGUCAGAAAGGGAAAGGGAGAGAGAAGGCAGAAGAAGGAGUCUCUACGAGAGGACGCGUGGCAGGGGUAGUAGCAGGGGUAGGCAGAUGGUGGUGAAGAAGAAGUUCAGGACGAGCGGGAAUAGUGUGGGACUGCUGGUUGGGCUGAGUCUGGUCAGCUACGCUUCCGGCUUUCUCAUUUUAUCAGGUUUCUAAUUUCUUUACAAGUCCAAGUCUGCUUCUCGUUUCCUGGUUGCUCAUCAAGUACGGUAGGCAUGGCAACACACAAAGUUCUUUACAGUUCUAGGUAGUUCUGAUCCAACCAGGAGCGUGAGGGUCUGCUGUCAUCAGACCUGAGGCCCAAUCGUUACCCACGUGCUACCCCAAUUCCAUUCCCUCCAUCGUGGAAUUAUUAAGCAAGUACGCUGCCUCAUUGCAUGGUGUAAACAUCCCUUAUUAGCGCCGUGACGACUUCGAGUGACGCCGGAAGCGUUUCCUCGUCGGCAUGAAACCCCCCAGCCAGCGACGCUCCCUGCCCGAGAUGGUAGGUAGCAUACAUGCAUCACACGUCACCUUGUCGGCGUAAGUGAUUCCAACAAACAUUGAUGACUACCUCCAUCCCGCGGAGUUAAUCGGGCGUCAACCAAGCCUAUAAGUUGAACGCCCACC